CAGCGACCGGGGAGCUGUGGAAUAGGCGUGCGUUACCACCACCACCACCACCCCCCCCAAAAAAAUAAAACAAUUAAAUAACGCAUUGAAAACCUCACACCGAAAACUCAACUUUGAGACUGAUUGGGACUGAGUUAUUUGGCUGCCCUCUUCUACAUAAAGACAUGGAGAACCAUUUCCUGAUGAGACUGUGGUGAGACCGGUGCAGCCCUGUCACGCCCACAGCGCCCCCUUUCGGCCCGGACGGCCCACCACGCCCCGGCGCCUAUGAAAGGGUACCAUGUCAGCCGUAGCAUGUCUCAGCAUUCCUCCGGUGGUGGCGGAGGAGGCUCCUGCCACUGUGGCCCCGAGGACUGUGACGGCCUGGGCAGAGAAUACUACCAGGGUCACAGCGACAGCCACUACUACCCUCCGGGAGGAGCGGCUGAUGCUCUGGCGCUGGAGAGGCAUCACUCCCACUCUCACACACGCUCACACUCCCACAGCCACUCUGGGGGGGGCACCUUCCCCCGCUCCCACCCCAGCCAGCACCCACCUCUCCAUUCCUUUGACUCUUGCGAAGAGUGCCUGACUUCGGGACACGGAGGGAAGAUGCACCGCAUUCCCCCGAACCUGAUGGACCAGUUUGAGAAGCAGGUGCCCUUCCACUCCGACGGCUUCCACACACUGCAGUACCAGCGUACCGCUAGUGGGGGGGCCGAGCCACGCAGCGAGAGCCCCUCACGGAUCCGUCACUUGGUCAACUCCGUGCAGCGCCUCUUUGCCAAGUCCCACUCCCUGGAAGCACCGUCCAAACGGGAGUUCAACGGCACAAGAGGCGGAGGGGACUACCGAGGUGAGAGGGGGGGUGGGCACCGGAGCGGGGGGGAGGAAGGCCAUUACUCAGGCCACCAGUCUCGCUCCACCAGGAGGAGCAAAUCCCGAGAGCGGAGCAAAAGUGGAGACUCGAGGCAUGAGUCAGGCAGACGCCACCGCAGCAGGACUGCGGGCUGGUGGAGCUCUGACGACAACCUGGACAGUGACAGCAGCUACUUAGUCAGCGCCGGUAGGAGGGGGUAUCCCAGCGGGCACGAGAGCCUUGAUGCUGCCAUUCAGGAGCUCACCAUGAAAAAGCCUAAAGACCGAGGUGGUGGACCCGGCUCUGGCGAGUGCGUGGCCUGCACCACCAUUGCUCUCGCUGGGAGUGAAGGAGCUGCACACCACGGGCAUCACGGUCACUCCCUGAAGAGGAGCACCUGGUCAGCCAUGACAGUGAGUCAGGCCAGAGAGGUGUAUCCCUCCACCAGAGGAGGAGCUUAUGAAAAAGCCCUGGUGCCCAUGGAGAGCAAGUUGAAGGAGAGGACCCUCCACUAUCUACAGGUCCCGUCAGAAGAUUGGGGAGGUGGCUAUGGCGGCGCAUCGGACAGCGGAGGGGAGAUCCCAUGCCGCCGAAUGCGGAGUGGCAGCUACAUCAAGGCCAUGGGCGACGAUGACAGCGGCGACUCGGACACAAGCCCAAAAGCCUCACCUAAGUCCACCCUGAUCGCCCAGAGGGAUGCGUUCAAGCGGUCUAUCAGCAUGGAUCAAAGGUACUCUUGCAAACAGUGCACAGACUCCUACCCCAACAGUCGAACCACACCCAAAACCCACACCCGCUCUCGCAGCUACACCCGCUCUCUGACCAGCUCGCAGCUGGGAGAAACGUUAAACCAUCAGUUUGAGGCCGUGUGUGAGACCAUGUUCGGCGAGGUGGAGUCUCAGGCCGUCGAGGCUCUCGAUCUUCCGGGUGUCUUCCGCACUCGCAGCCACAGCUAUGUCCGUGCCAUCCAGGCUGGCUGCUCCCAGGAUGAUGACUGCCUCUCCGUUUUCUCCAUGUCUGGCCCUCAGGGGAGCAUCAAGGGCGGGGCCGUCUUUCCUUAUCGUAAAGGUGCUCCUCCCCCUCUCCCACCUCGCAUGUCAAAGUCUUCGCUGUCAAUGCGAGCCCAGAGCAGCACGGAGUCCACCCAGGACGCCUACCUCCAGAGCGGCGGGCAGAUGGCUCCGAUCUCCGGUCCUGGGCGUCCCAAGCACCACAGCAACUCGGUGGACCUGGGCAGCACCGACGGGCCUUCGGGCCGCACCUCCAGAGGAGGCUACUACACGAGCAGCGGCCCCGGGCGCUCCCGUCAGCACAGCAACUCUGCGGAGAGCCUAGACGGGGUCAGGGGUUCCAGGGAGCUGGUGCCCUACGGAGGGGGUCCCGGCAUGAGCGUGAGGGCCAAACAUAGCUGCUCGGCUGACAGCCUGCUGGAGGGGCCGCCGAGGCCGGCUAAGGAGAGGGACAGCCGGGUCGGAGGCAGCCUGGGGAAGUCGGCCUCGCUGCCUCAGAACAGCAUCGUGCUGAGUAAAGCAGCAGGGCAGGAGGACGGGCGUGGCGGCAGGAAGUGGAGGCCAUCCAUAGCUGUGCAGGUGGACAGCUCAGAGACUCUGUCAGAUUCAGACACGGAGGGAAAAGCUCUUACAGAAGUUCACUCUAUAGGAGUUCAAGUGGAGGAUGAGAAAAGGCGUGCUCGCUUUAAACGCUCCAACAGCGUGACAGCCAGCGUGCAGGCUGACCUGGACCCUGAGGGCUUCUCGGGGCUCAGUAUCGCUGUGCCGACGCAGGACAAGAGCCUCCAGUUCGGCUGCUCCUUCCAAAGACACUCGUCAGAGCCCGAGUCUGCGAGCCAGUACUCGGAGUGCCACCGAACCGUGCACACGCAGGGCCAGUGGGCGUACAGAGAGGACCUCAUCCAGGGUGGCUACACGGCAGAGGCUAUCCAGCCAGACUCCAGGCCCCACCAACACCCACACUUGCCUCCCCGCUCCCACUCUCCUUUGCCCAUUUCCUCUGAGCGAGCGUGGGCCGGGACCCCGUCCUUAGAGGGGCCCCGGAGCCUGCCGGACUCGGGCCGGGCCUCCCCCUGCAUGAGGGACGGAGAGUUCUUCUUACGCCUGCUGCAGACGGAGGUGGAGCGAAUGGAGGGCUGGUGCCAGAACAUGGAGAAAGAAGCAGAGGAGCACGAACUUCCGGAGGAGAUUCUCGAGCUUAUCAGGAAUGCGGUUGGAAGUGCCCAGAUGCUAAUGUCUCAAAAAGUCCAGCAGUUCUUCCGCCUCUGCCAACAAAGUGUCGACCCCUCGGCCUACCCGCAGCCCACGUAUCAGGACCUGGCAGCCUUCUGGGACCUGCUCCAGCUCAACAUCGAGGACGUCCGGGUCAAGUUUCAGGACCUCCAGAGGCUCAAGGACUCUGGCUGGAGACUCCCGCCUGAGAAGAAGGAGGAUAAGAAGCUCCCUCCACCCUUACCAAAGAAGCCAGCAGGUGGGGUGAGUGGCAGCCUCCGGGCCGACAGUGUAGCAGACGGGGGUGCUGGAGUUGGGUCGGGCGGCCUGGUGGUGCCGCGUAUGGGAGGGCACACCCUGCCCAUCAGGGAGAAGUCUCUGGACCUCGGGGACCGUCAGAGGACGGAAGCGAGGAGGAGGCUGCUGCAGACCAAGCGCACCGCCUCCUUCCGGCAGAACUCAGCCACGGAGAGCGCCGACAGCAUCGAGAUCUACAUCCCCGAAGCCCAGACUCGACUCUGAACACGAGGCGGAGGCGCCCCGAUCCCCCGCAGCCGCAGCCGCCCCCCCCGGGAUCUUCUCUGUGUUGUUAUCGUUCAUGCGUUGCUCCCCCUCAGCAGUUUCCAUCGUAUGAAGUUAUCACACUUACUAAACAAGCAAUGACAGCCAUUUUAGUGUCUUGAAAUCCUGACGUUUUACUGACACAGAGGCCUAGACCAUAAAUGGUAGCUAUCAGAGGAGUCGCAGACAUUUUUACUUCACCGUUUCCUUUUUUUUUUUUUUUUUUUGACAUUUUUGUUCUGACUGAGAACAGCCACCUUUUUUUAGCAGUGGUCAGCAGAGGUUCACGCAGUAGUAGCAUGCCUCUGCGUGUCACAUCUCCAUCACAGAAAAUAAAGGGCUUAACAGGCAUAAAAACCUCCGACAAAAUCUCCCCCAUCCGGACACCUGAUGCCAUCUGCAGCCGAAUCACCUCCAUGUCACAUUUGUGGGGUUUCUGAUUCAUGACAUAUAUGUAUCUGUACUUUUCACUGAUGCUGCCAGUACGUAGAAAUCAAUAUGGACUCAUUCUAUGGCAUCAGAUUAAAUGCCUUUAAAGUCAUACGGUUGUCAACCCCACCCCCCAAAGACAAUCCGCUGAAACAUCAACGGAUGAACAAGUAGAGCCGGCACCUCCUCUGUGGGGACAGAGGCGCCAUCCGUCUGCUCAGACGCUCAAAUAAUAUGAAACUACUUCACGUUCCCUCUUCUCUUUCUGUGAAUCCAUCCACCACCCCUAGCAUUCAGCAGUGACACUCGCCGAAUCUGCAAGUGCUAUUUGUACAUGGAGCGCACGCUCAUGUUUGCCAGUAGAAGCUUUGCAGUGUAGCAUCGCCGCCCCGAACAACAGAGAGAGAGAAAACAAAAACUAAAGACGAGAAAAGCCAGAGCUGUUUGUUUUUAAGAGGGAGAUAUUCUGGAGGCUUUCAGGACUUUUUAAAGAAGCCCCUUUUUCACUGUGAGACUAAAGCGCCACCAAGUGGUCAAAAGAACCAUCAUUUACACCAACGGUCCGUAGAGGGAUGGAGUCAUCUCAGUCAGGAACAAACCCUAACGAAACAGCCAUGAACAGAGGAUCCGUUUAUUUACCGCUAUUUAUUUUGUUCUCAAUCAUUCCUUCUUCUUGAAUAUUUGUCUGAGUGGAUUUUGCCAUUGUUUAUUUAUUAAUUAAGAGGGCAGUGGAUGUCACAGGAGAGGAGGAUCACCAAGUUUUCAGCAGGAGGUAAAUUGAAUUCCUCUCAGUUUCUCGCAGCUCUAAUGAAAGAAGGAAUGAUUACUCAAGAAGUAAGGAGAGAAAAGGAGCCACACACAAUGAGAAAUCGCUCCCUCUUGUACUCGUCCAAAGAAUCGUCAAAGCUCAUCCGAGACCAUCAGAGGGGAAAAUCAAGGAAAAGACGGGACACUUGAGGGGACUGAAGCUGCGUCUGUUUGUUGCCGUGUGUCCUCUUACCUUAAUGAUUUCUCAGCGUGACAAAUCAUCGUAUCAGUUUAAAGGUGUCGCAAAUUUACGUCGGCGCAGAUCAUCCUCAUUUCCGUAUUUUGUAGGCUUGUUUUCUAAUGGCUUUUGUGUGAAUGAAUGCACUGGAUUUACUGACUCUGAAGGGCUUGUACGGAGCCCGACGAAUACUUCAAAAGUCCAAAUCUGCCAUUUUGAUGAGAGAAAUUACACAAAAUAUUACAAUUUUUAAAGCAUGACGUUUUGUGGAUGGAAUGCGCUGGCGAAAUGGGAUAUUUUAAUGGAAGAUGUAUAUUUUAUGAUAUAAUCUACAUUUCUAGAUGAGUAGAGAUUAUUCAGUACAAUAUAUGUACAAAAGAAAUCAUAUAUCAAAUGUGAGAUACUGCAGUAUUAUUAAGAUUAGAUUAUAGCAUUUUGUUCUGUGUGACAUAUCCAGACUCCGACUACAUGUGGAAAA